AUGUCUCGUAUUCCUCACACGCCAUCCUCAUCUUCCCGUUCGCCUUCCAAGCCGCCUCCAGCGGCGAGGACGCGCGUAAAUCCACCACCCAGCCCAACCCCCACACCCAGACUUCGUGCGACGAGUCUGAAGAGCCGUAAACCACCUAAAUCCCCUUUGAAACGUGCACCACCUCUUCCAGACGACCCUCCAACGCCCAAAGUACAGCUCAGUAUCAGGGAGCAAAUUGCCCUCAAGCGUGCGGAAGUGAAGAAAACUAUGGUUCAAGGAAAUACCCAGGCCACAAACGAGGGCUUUGAGGGCCUCGAAGACGCGAUUCCUGUGACUCAGGAAAAGCAGGACGACGAUGUGAUUGAUCUUGGAAGAUGGUCCAUCAAGGAGACUAUUGAGCGAGCGCGAAGUAGCGGCUCUAUCAACCUUGCUUCUCGCGCACUUCCCUGCAUACCUUCGGCUCUCUUCGAGGUCCACCUUGGAAUCACCCCAGAACCUCUAAAGUCUGUCCCCAACGAGCUCCCGAUAACCACUUCAACUUCGAAUGAAACCUCUGUAAUGCUUCGUAAAGGCAAUCAGAAUGCACCAUCAUGGUACGAAGCACAGGAUCUUAAAGUUCUUAAAGCUUGGUCAAAUGAAAUUGUCGAGAUUCAGCCUGAAAUAUUCAUGUUCGGUUCACUCAAGACUGUCGACUUGCACAACAACAAACUCACAGCAUUGCCAGAGACCUUUCCAGAUCUGACAGCGCUGACAAUUCUCGAUCUCUCUCAUAACGCCCUUCAAUCUCUUCCCGUCAACCUAUUUGCACUUCCAAACCUCACAACACUCAAUAUAUCCCACAACAGCCUCACAUCCUUGCCCUUUCGCUCCCCCUUUGCUGCUUCAGGUGCAAACCCCCUUGCGCGUACCAGAGAUCCUCGUGGUGGCUGGUUCGGACAGAGCAUCACCCGCGCAACGAGUCCCUUACCUCGGCUAAUCUCUUUGGACGCGUCAUACAACUAUAUCACUGCGCGUGCCAUCGACCAUGGUGCUGACAGCCUUCCAGUGACACUGUCUAAGCUAGACCUCUCUGGCAACCCACUUGGCGCAUCUCUAUUGCUCAUACGUGCUCUUGCUCGCCUUGGGCGUUUGCGCGAGCUUCGAUUUCAGCACGCAGACAUAGCGGAUGAUUCCUUUCCUCCAGACCUAUUCUCCGCACUUGCAACUACCUCUCCAUUUCUUGCUCUGAAAUUGCUUGACCUAGAAGAGAGCCACGUUACACGUCCUGGAAUUGAGGCGGCGUUUGUGCGCCCGAUCGUCAAACAGGAAUUGGAAUUCGAGACGACCAAUGAAGAACCGCCCGAAGGCGUACUUCGCGUCAUUGUGGGGAAGAAGGUUAUCAAGGAGGCAUGGGAGGUUGAGGCUGAGCGCAGGGCCAAGCUGAGAACUCUCCGACAAGCAGGCGGCGUCAUUGAAGAAGGUCUGGGCAUCGGACGAUCGGUCUAUGCAAGGUCUGUACAGGCAGCCGCCAAUGCAAAUGAAGUAGCGAAGGAUGCCUGGGAGUUGGAGGCAGAUCAAGGACUGUUGACAGAGGGUGCCCGCAGGCGCGCCCGUGCUGCUGCUACUCAGGCUUCGUCUUCGUCUACGGUGCCAGUUCCAGCUGCGCCUCGGAACCCUCAGAAAAAGCCUGUAGUGGAGAAGGAGUCUUGGGAGAUUGAAGCUGAGCAAGGUAUGUUGACUGCUGGAGCUCAGAGGCGCGCGAGGGCUGCUGCAGCACUCUCAAUCUCCAAGCUAGCAAAUCCAGCACAGAGUGCGAGCACCACAAUUUCUGCGGCGGGUCCGGCUACAUUCCCAAGUCCUACUAGUGUGGCAUCCGUGCUGAGCAACCCUCAAUUCUACCAUGCGGUGACGCAAACCCUCACUCUUCCGCCGUCCGCUCCCCCUUCCAAAGCCCCUCAUGCACGGUCUAUCUCCCUAGCCUCUCCCUCAUGGGCCACAUCCAAGGCGUCUUCCGGGUCCGCAUCUGAAUUGGCGCUCGCCAUUCCAACGCCCACGCUUCCCCUUACGGUUAUCGUCACACAACCUUUUGCACAGACGCUCAAGGUUCUCGUUCUCACGAACCGGCGCAAGGACACUUCAUUUAGCCUACCCAGCGCCGAGGGUGCAUCUCUACCGCGUCUAGAGGAGCUCAUCUUAGAAGGGUGCAAUCUUUCGGAUUCCGUAUCUGUAAUGCACCCGAGCUCAGUGGUAGAAGGCGGAGACAGAUUCUCCGCUCCUCGUGUGAGCGAGCCCCUCGUGCCCCUCAUCACGAAGCUCUUCCCAAGUCUACGGACCCUUGACCUCUCGUACAACACAAUCUCUUCGUCUGCGUUGGGCAGAGAUGCAUUAUCCUCCUUGAUCCUGGCCAGCGAAGCUGCACCCGACGGCCCCCGUAAGGGCCUUAGACAUUGCCGGCUGCGUGGGAACCGUAUCACGGAGUUGGAUGGCUUCCAAGGAAUCGCCGAGCUUUUCGGUCGAAAUCGAGACGUGCCCGAGUGGAAGCUUGAGGAGCUCGACUUGCGGGACAAUGAAAUCAGCAAGCUCCCGCCGGAGCUGGGAUUGUUGCCGUUGGACGUGUUCUUGGUAGACGGGAACGUUUUUCGCGUUCCUGCGAGACGAGUGUGGGAAAGGGAAGGUACGAAGGGCCUGUUGAGCUGGUUGAGGGGGAGAAUCGAGUGA